GACGCCGCUGCCGCCAGAGCCAGUCAGUCAGCGGAGCAACCGAACGGCGAGCAGGUUGCUCGGCGGCCGCUUUCUCCCCUCGCCUCUUCGCCUACGGAGUAUAUUGGCUGGUCAUGGCCUCGGAUUCUGGAAGUUUCAGCCAUUCUGGCGGUCAGCAGGAGAGCUAUUCAGGGUAUGGCAAUCAAGGAAAUCAGAACUUUGGACAAGCACCACAGGGUUACCCUGGCUACGAGCAGAGCGGGGAGAGUUCCUCAUAUGGGCAAGGGUAUGGAAGCUAUCAAGGCAACUUCGGACAAACUCAGACAGGUUAUGGGCAAAGUGGCCAGCAAGGUUAUGGCGGUUAUGAAACUCAGAACCAGAGCUCCUCCGGCCAGGAGUCCUACGGCUUUCAGGGGCAGCAGAAAGAUUCAUCAGGAGGCGGGAAGCCUUCAUACGACCAGAAGCCCAGCUACGGGCAACAGCAAGGUUCAUAUGACCAGCCCUCAGGUUAUGGUCAACAGCAAGGGUCCUAUGAUCAACAGGCGGGUUACAACCAGCAGCAAAGACCAUUCGACCAGCAGUCUGGCUACGGCCAGCAGGGUCAGCAGCAAAGCUCAUACGACCCACAGGCGGGCUACGGCCAAAACCGAGACUCCUAUGACCAGCAGCAGCAGGGCUACGGUCAGCCGCCAGGCUCCUACGGCCAAAAGUCAAACUAUGGCCAGCAGCAAGGAUCAUACGGCCAGAACCAGCCAUCCUACCAGAAGGAAGGUUACGGACAAAACAUGCAGGAUGAUCGCCGAGAAAAGAGCAGGUUUGGAGAUGACAGCAGAGGUUAUGGGGGGCCACGAGGAGGUGGAAGCAGGUUCGAUUCUGACAGCAGAGGUCCGAUGUCUGGGAUGAGUGGUGGUGACCGAGGGGGCUCCAAAAAUUUUGGUGGUCAAAGGGAUUAUGGUCCGAAGUCAGAUGCUGAUUCGGAAUCUGAUAACUCUGACAACAACACCAUCUUCGUACAAGGACUCAGUGAUGAUGUUUCAGCAGACCAAGUGGCCGAAUAUUUCAAGCAAAUCGGCAUCAUUAAGACUAACAAAAAGACAGGCAAGCUGAUGAUCAACCUCUACACAGACAAGGAUACUGGCAAGCCAAAGGGGGAAGCAACAGUGUCCUUUGAUGACCCCCCUUCUGCUAAGGCGGCUAUUGAUUGGUUUGAUGGAAAGGAAUUCAAUGGCAACGUUAUCAAAGUCUCUUUUGCAACUAGGCGGCCUGAAUUCAUGCGAGGAGGUGGAGGAGGCGGUGGCCGCCGAGGUUCACGAGGAGGGGGCUACGGAAGAGGCGGGGGCUUCCAAGGGCGAGGCGGGGAACCCAAGGGCGGAGAUUGGGUUUGCCCAAAUCCGGCUUGUGGCAACAUGAAUUUCGCCCGCCGGAAUUCCUGCAAUCAGUGUAAUGAGCCCAGGCCGGAAGAUUCUCGUCCCACAGGAGGAGACUUCCGGGGCAGAGGUGGCUUUGGAGGCGAUAGGGGGUUCCGAGGCCGCGGUGGCCGAGGUGGCGGCGGCUUCGGUGGCAAAAUGGGAGGAAGGAACGAUUUCAGAAAUGAUCAACGGAACAGACCCUACUAGAAAUGGCCGUGAAUGUCUCCUUCGUCUUUCUUAACAGCUUUUUUUGUCGGUGAAAUUUGCCAGGUUUCGCCUGCUGCUUUAUACCCAGUGGCCUCUUCUGGAUAGCGGAAUUAAAAUGUGAAAAUGGCUUUUUAUUUGGGUGGGAGGGUUUGGAUCAGAGGCUUUUUUUCAUCUUUUUUUUAAAAAAAAACAAGUCCAAUGAAAUUUCAUCUUUAAUUUCCAACAUUCCCCUCUCCGAUGCACAGUUCUCCGAUCCCCCUCCUCCCUUCUUCAUCAACUUAAUUCUUCCACAGCCUCAGAAGGAAGGAAUUAAAUUGUAAAAUAUUUGCCAAAAAUCUGAUGUGUUUUAUAAUACAAUAAAAGCUGUUUAUUUGUGA